CCGUCGCUCGUCGCUCGUCGCCGCCGACCUUCUACAUAUUCUUUGUCUCCGUAGCAUCUGGCGCCAUAGUUUCUUUCGUCGCUCCGUACCGCAUCUCUGAGUAAACCAGGAUUUGCCCACUUUCUCUCAUAUUGUAGUCGGGCAGAUAGAGAUGAAAAACCUCAAGCUUUCUUCAUUCAUUUCGUUCGAACUUGGCUUGCAAUCCGAAGAGGAAACUCUUCUUAUUUCUGCUUUUGAUAUCGAGCACAACCGUCUGUUCUUCGCCUCGUCGGCCAACAUCUUAUACUUUUUUGAGCUUCCUUCGUCUCAUGAAGGUAAGUCAUGGAACAAAUCUCUCCUAUCACCUCAAAUUGCUCCAGUUACUCUAGAGCCUGGGGACUUCGUUACUGCUAUGGAUUACUUGAUGGAGAAGGAGGCUUUGGUGCUUGGAACAUCCGAUGGAUGUCUUAUACUGCAUACUGUGGAUGACAGUACAACUGAAGUUGUUGGUAGAGUGGAAGGUGGUGUGAAAUACAUUGCAGGCAGUCCGGAUGGAGCUCUUCUGGCCAUAACUUCUGGAAUAGGGAGAUUACUUGUGAUUACUAAUGAUUGGGAAGUUUUACAUGAAUUUGAUCUCAACAUAAAGAAUAAUGCCAUAGGUGAUGUAGAUGGUUAUCCUUACGAAUUUUAUGCCCCAAUUUCUUGGAGAGGUGAUGGGAAGUAUUUUGCUACUCUUGGGGGACUUCAUGAAUGUUCAUCGAAAAAGUUGAAGAUUUGGGAGCGUGAAUCCGGCAUGUUACAUUCUGAGACAGAAGCUAAGGCUUUUGUAGGAGAAGCUUUAGAUUGGAUGCCGAGCGGUGCCAAGUUGGCGACGGCAUAUAAUUGCGAGAUUGGAACUAACCCAAUUAUAGUUUUCUUUGAGAAGAAUGGACUUGAACGGAAUUCCUUAUGCAUAGAUGAGCCAGCCAAAAUCAACCUCAUAAGAUGGAAUUGUAGUUCUGACCUCCUUGCUACCUCUGUCACAUGUGCGCAGCAUGAUGCUAUUAAAAUUUGGUUUUUCGGGAACAACCAUUGGUACUUGAAACAAGAAAUAAGAUACUCAAAGAGAGAAGGUGUGAAGUUCAUGUGGAACCCGACAAAGCCAAUGACUCUCAUUUGUUGGACCCUCCAUGGAAGAAUUGCAACCUACAGUUUUGUGUGGAUCACCGCUAUAACAGCGAAUUCAACUGCGUUGGUUGUUGAUGGCACCAAACUAUUAGUUUCUCCUCUGAAUCUGUCCCUCAUUCCACCUCCCAUGUCUCUGUUCACCUUGAAAUUUCCAACUGCCAUUCAGGAUGUUGCUUUCCUUUAUAACAGCUCGAAGAACCAUUUGGCUGCAAGCCUUGCAGAUGGUAGUUUAUGUAUUAUGGAGCUUCCAGGGAUAGAAUCCUGGGAGCAUUUUGAGGACAAAGAAUUUGUCAUUGAAACUUCAAGGUUGGAUUUCACACUGGGAACAUUUGCACACAUCAUGUGGUUAGAUUCUCACCUCUUACUUGGCAUAUCUUUCAACCAAUAUGGUUUGUUCUCAACACCUUCACAACAUGAGAAUGAGCUUCUUCAUCAAAAAUUGAACUGCUCUAAAUAUUCUUUGUUGGAGAUUGAAGUUGUAUGCUCAGAGGAUUCUGUGCCUGAACUAGUAAACUCUUCUGGUUGGCAUGCAAUCCUCUCUAAAAGUUUGCCUCUAGAAGGGCCUGUUGUUGGCAUUGUACCAAAUCCUUGUAAAAAGGCAUCAGCUUUUGUUCAGAAUGACGGCGGGUCUAUCUACGAGUAUACGUCCAAUGCCUCUCUACCAAGAAGACUACUACAACUUAGUGAGAUUGACCCUAUAUGUGGAUUUUCAGCAUCUUGUCCCUGGAUGAAAGCAGCUAGUGUUUGUGACAAUGGCAUGGUAAAGACUUUACUUUUCGGGCUUGACUACCAAGGUAAGCUACAGGUUGGUAAGAGGAUAUUAUACAACAAUUGCAGUAGCUUUACACUAUAUUCUAGUAGUUGUGGUGGUACCGAGCAAAUUACACAUCUUGUUCUCACUACCAAGCAGGAUUUGCUAUUCAUUGUUAGCAUUGAAGAUAUUUUACAUGGAAAAAAGGAAAUGAAAAUUGAAGACUUCAAUAAUUUGCAGAAUAAACAAGAUAACGAUAGAGACUUUGUUAAUAUGUGGGAGAAGGGUGCAAAAUUGAUUGGAACCCUGCACGGAGAUGAAGCUGCUGUCAUCUUACAAGCUAAUCGGGGCAGCUUAGAAUGUAUUUAUCCCAGAAAACUGGUCCUUGUUUCAAUAAUUAAUGCAUUAACGCAGAAACGCUUCAAAGAUGCAUUGUCUAUGGUGAGGAGGCACAGGAUAGAUUUUAAUUUCAUUAUUGACUGCUUUGGCUGGCAAACAUUUGUAAAAUCAGCUGCAGAGUUUGUUAAUCAAGUUGAUAAUCUUGCUUAUGUCACGGAAUUUGUUUCUUCAAUAAAAGGUGGAAAUGUCAUGGAUAGUUUGUAUAAAGAUUACAUUUCUUUGUCAAUACUUGAUGAAACAUCCAAUGCAAAAAUGGAAAGCUCUAUUUCUAUAGCAGAUGGAAAAGUAAAUUCUGUUUUGCGGGCAAUACGAAAAGCCCUUGAAGAACAAGUAAAAGAAAGUCCAGCUAGAGAGCUCUGUAUAUUGACAACUUUAGCUCGCAACGAGCCACCAGCUUUAGAUGAAGCACUUAAGAGAAUAAAAUCUAUCCGUGAAAUGGAAGUAUUGGGUGUCCAUGAUGCUAAAUGGAUAUCAUACCCUUCUGCUGAAGAAUCCUUGAAGCAUCUGUUAUGGUUAGCAUAUCCUGAAGCUGUCUUUGAAACUGCUUUGGGCCUUUAUGACCUAAACCUUGCUGCCAUUGUUGCAUUGAACUCUCAAAAAGAUCCUAAAGAAUUUCUUCCCUAUCUCAAAGAACUGGAAAAUUUGCCGCCUGUUAUCAUGAGGUAUACAAUUGAUCUGAGGUUGCAAAGGUAUGAGAGUGCACUGAAACAUAUAUUUUCAGCUGGUGAAGGCCAUUAUGAAGAAUGCUUAAAUCUCAUGAAGAAUAAUCCACAACUUUUUCCACUUGGCCUUCAACUGUUCGCCAAAAAUGUAAAGAGAAGAGAAGUCUUAGAGGCAUGGGGUGAUCAUCUUCAUAAUGAAAAAUGCUUUGAAGAUGCUGCUUCUGCUUAUUUGUGCUGUUCUUCUCAUCAGAAGGCCUUGAAAGCUUGUAGGAGUUGUGGUGACUGGAAAGGUGUGCUCACAGUAGCUGCACUUAUUGGCCUGUGUGAAGCAGAUGUUAUUCUACUGGCAAACGAACUUAUUGAAGAAUUUCAAGCACUAGGUAAGCCAGCUGAGGCUGCAAGGAUUGCAUUGGAGUAUUGUAAAGAUGUUGGUCGAUGCGUCGGGUAUUACAUAGUGGCUCGAGAAUGGGAAGAGGCUCUUAGAAUCACUCAUAUGCAUCAAAGGGAGGAUUUAAAAUCUCAUGUUCAAGAUGCAGCUUUGGAAUGUGCGAGUUCGUUAAUGUCUGACUAUAGGGAGGCACUCGAAAAAGUUGGGAAGUACUUAGCUCGCUACCUAGCUGUACGCCAGAGAAGGAUACUACUUUCUGCUAAAAUUCAAUCUGAAGGCAGAUCAACAGAAAUUUCAGAUUAUGAUAGUGUUUCUGAAAUUAGCAGCAAUUUCAGUGAGAUGAGUGCAUACACCACAAGGACUGCUAAAGAUUCAGUUACUUCGACCGCCUCCACGACCCUUAGGAAGGCACGAGAAAUACGACGCAAAGAAAGUAAGGGAGGAAAAAUUCGCGCUGGAAGCCCUGGAGAGGAGAUGGCACUGAUUGAGCAUUUGAAAGGCAUGGCUCUUACUGAAGGCGCUAUUCGGGAGCUUAAAUCGUUACUGUUAGCUCUUUUGAUGCUGGGAAAGGAUGAAAUUGCUCGCCAGCUUCAGUGUUCAGGAGAUAACUUCCAGUUGUCUCAAUAUUCGGCUGUUAAACUUGCAGAAGAUACGAUGUCUACUGACAAGAUAGAUGAAAGCACACAUACUUUGAACAACUAUGUUGAACAAGCAAGAGGAUCAUGGCAUUCGAAAGCCCAUUCUUGGCAUGUCAAAGUAUUGACUCCUCCUUAGCAGGUAGAAAGUGAUUGGAUCUCUGUCCUAUUUAUUCAAAGUGAUUUGGUGUUUCUGUUGCUGAAGGUAGGAAUUGUAAUACUUAACUGCAUAAUGGUUAGCAGCAUAAAUUAAUAUUUUAUAGUCAAAUUCUGUAGUUUGUACUACCAGGAAAAAUUUUGAUGAAUUAGAGACUCAUUUGUUUUUUUUUUU